AUGGCAGCGAUAUUAAGAAGUUAUAAUAAAUUUGUUUUGAAAAAUCCUUUAUUAGCAAUGAGUUUAACUACAGGAACAACGAUGGGUUUGGGAAAUAUUAUUUCACAGACAAUUAUUGAAAAACGAACAUUAAGUACUAUUGAUUGGCCUCGUGUUACUCGAUUUGCUGCAUUUGGUUAUUUAUUCUCAGGACCAUUUCUUCGAUAUUGGUAUUAUGGAUUAGAUAAAUAUUUUGCCGGUGCUAAAUUAAAACCUGUGAAAAUGAUGAUUGCUGAUCAACUCAUUGCUGCACCACUUCUCAAUAGUGUUAUUCUUCUAUAUCUUCCAUUAUCAAGUGGAAAAUCGUUUAGUGAAGCAAAGAAACGUUUCUAUCAAGAUUUUCCAACCGUUAUGAAAGCUAAUUAUUGUGCAUGGCCUGCUAUUCAAUUGACUAAUUUCUAUUUUAUUCCUAUACAUCAUCGCGUUUUGUUUGUCAAUAUGUGUUCACUAGUUUGGUCAACAUUUCUUGCAUUUGUAACAAAAUAA